GCAGGGUAUUUACAAGUUGUUUUUAAAAAUGCAAGAAAUGGGAGUAAAAGUGAUGAAUCCGGUGAUCUUUCAUGAGUGUCCAAAAUGGGCAGCUCUUUCUCUUCCACCAAAAAUCACCAAGAAAUCACAAUACCCAUCUCCCAAGUUCUUCAUGUCCUCCACCCAUCUCCACUUUCACACCAAGUUGUUCUACUGCCUUUUGUUUUACAAGUCUACGGAGGCAGGAAAUGUGAAUAAAAAGACUUUGGGCAGUGGUCCGGCAGCGCCACGUUCACGUCCACGUUAUUAUAAGGAAGAAAGUGAUAAUGUUGAUGAAAUAUUCAAAUCCAUGGAGGAUUGGGCCACCCACAACAUUUUGCCUCUCUUGAAACCGGCCAAGGAUUGUUGGCAGCCUCAGGAUUUUCUGCCAGACCCUUCAUCCCCAGGAGAUGGGUUUUAUGACCAAAUCAAACAACUCCAAGCAAGAACCAAGGAUAUCCCCGACGACUACUUUGUGGUUCUGGUGGGGAAUAUGAUCACUGAAGAAGCCCUCCCUAGUUACCAUUCUCGUCUAAACUCAACCCGCAUCUUCCACGACAACACGGGGAUUGAUACCUCUCCUUGGGCAGUAUGGGCUAGAGGCUGGAGUGCCGAGGAGAACAGGCACGGUGAUCUUCUCAACAAGUACCUCUACCUCUCUGCUCGAGUCGACAUGAAACAAGUCGAGACCACCAUUCAAUAUCUUAUUGCCACAGGCCUGGAUGUAGGCAUCUCAAGUAAUCCAUACGUGUGGACCAUCUACACCUCCUUCCAGGAAAGGGCAACGGCUAUUUGUCAUGGCAACACGGCCAAGAUGGCAAUGCUUCAUGGAGAAGCCAAGCUCGCCCAAAUAUGUGGCAUUAUAAGCUCCGAUGAGAAGCGUCAUGCAGGUGCUUAUACCAAAAUGGCUGGGAAGCUGUUCGAGCUUGAUCCCAACGAAAUGCUCCUUGCCUUUGCAUACAUGAUGAGAAGGAAAAUCUCUAUGCCUGCUCAUUUAAUGUAUGACGGCCAUGAUCAUCAUCUUUUCCACCACUUUUCCAGUGUUGCAUCGCGUAUCGGGGUGUAUACUGCGUCGGAAUACAGAGGAAUAUUGGAACAUUUUUUGGGCAGAUGGAAUGUGGAGAAGCUCGCUGGGCUUUCAAGUGAAGGGAGAGAAGCACAGGAGUACGUGUGUGGGUUACCUCGCAUUAUUAGAAAGCUGGAAGAGAGAGCUAAAAGCAAAGCUGAAGAAGCUCCCCCUGUCCCUUUCAGCUGGAUUUUCCAUAGAAAAGUGUAGCUGAUUAGGAGUUGCAUAUAUAUAUAUAUAUAUAUAGACAUACAAUAGCACAUAUAUGAAAGCAUAAAUAAUCGAAGAGAUGAAUAUCACUAACUACUUCCUCUUCUUGUAUGGUAAUUGGUUUCACCAAAUAAUGUAUAAGACUUAAAAGACUUUAUUUUCAAUCCUAAUUCGUCAUGGUUUCGUAA